UCCCGUAAACUGGGACAGACAUUGCUAAAGAAGUCAGAUCCAUACUAGAGGAACAGUUCAGUCAUGGAGUCCACAUAGAUAAGGAUAACACACAACUUUAUGGACAAUACUGCUCAGCUUGUCGGAACAUUUGGAAAUGCUUUUGUGAAAGGCAAGUGAACUCUGUUCUCCUGCUCUCCCAGGGAGAUUACAGCAGGACAUGCUUCCAGCCACUGAGCAGCUUGACUUCACUUGCAGCGUCAUGGGAAUCCUGUUCAUGCAGAGGAGACCGAACUGUACUACUGUCAAGACACAGUCAGUAGUAGUCUUUAUGUGAAAUUAUGAAAGUCUACUAUAUGCAACCUGUUUGUGUGUCAGUAAACAAAAUUACAGGAUAGCGUUCUUACAACUGCCACCCUCCUAAAGAAGGUAAGAGGAGCUGGGGAGAUUUGUCCAUACAAAGGCCUUUUGUUCCCAGCCUGCGGCAGAGGUGGAAUAGUAGCAGCUUGGAUAACCGGAGGUGGGGAGAUGAACCUUUUGUGGCAUUUUCAGUGGACACUUUGCUAGAGCUGCUACCUGUUUCAGUUUGCCUCUCCUUGCUCUCAGUUGGUGUGGCACUUUGAGCAAACAUGGACAGUGCAAGUGAUAACUCAGAGGAACAGGGGAAGCAGCACGCUAGUUCCUUCAUGAAUGUCUUCAGCAGUAUCUUCACCCGGGAUAAAUCUGCCUCUUCAGACGUGGAGUCGGCCGUGCUGACAUCUUUCAAGGAGCUGGCAGAUGGUGAGAAUACUCCUCAAGCUACCAACAGUGAGAACAAGCUGCAGUGGAGGGGGGAUUUGCUUCAGGAUUAUGUGACUGCUUCCUGUGAUACAGAGCAGAGGUUUGGAUCAUUGGAAACUUGCGAGGACUCUGGUGAACAAGUUAGAGGAGCAGCUGGAGCCUCAGCUGAUCCAGAUCUGGUCCAGGUCACCAAGGUGGAAACGUACAGCGACACGGAAAAUGAGGACGAAGAGGCUUCCCACAGCAGCACCAGCCUGUCAGAGAAGUUUGCCAAGACCAGGGAUCCCAUCCUACCUGAGGAGGACAAUAAUACAGUGGACCAUGGUAAAGGAGAUGAGCUACAGCGUUCCACUGAGGCAGAGGCAGAGAACAAAGUGCCUGUGUUUAGAACACAUAAAUUUAAGGAAAGAUCCCGCAUAGAAGCUAUCCUAUAUUCAGACAGGUUCAUUAGCAGGACUAGCAGGAGUAAAACAGCUCCCGUCUCUUCAGUUUCCCAACAGGGAGAUGACUGCACUCCCAAGGAGAGCCGCACCACAGGGUCUGUGGAGGCAGAAACACUGAGUGAAGAGAAUAGAAGCAAAAAUGUGGGAACAGAUGAGAAUGAUGAUUACGCUGGCGUGGAUUGUUCUCAACCUGUUCCCUCCAUCAUCUCUGGUCAUCUUACUUUAGAGGCUGCAGGUCAUGAUGCUGCCACGGCCUCUGCACCUAAGCUGACAGAGGAUUUAGAUAGUACACAAAAGGAGGAGACACAUGAUCAAAGGGCUGAGGAUGAGGACGGGACUGAGGAACUUCACUCCAAUCAGGCGUCCUCUGUUCCCUCCUGUCCUAAGACUCCUGAAGUGUCAGUCCACCUAUCCUGUGGUCCAGAGGAACAGUCAGACACAGCUGCUAUUACAGAUUCAGGGUUCAAGAAACCCAUGUCUCCAUCAUCUGUACCUGAAGAGUCCCUUGUUGACAUGCAGCCAAAUGCCAGUCCUUCUUCACAGCACACAAGUGCUCCAAAGACACCUGAAACAAAUACACCACCUCCAGCAUCAUCUGUUGCACCAUCCUCCACCUCAUCCCCAUUCAGUGGCGCUGCUCUCUCUUCUCCCCCGUCCUUCCAGAUGCCUGCUCUCUUCAGUGGACUGAAGGUGCUAAAGAAAGGAGUGGUGGGUGAAGACAGGGAGACAGUGUCAGAGAUCAAGCAGAGAGAGAAGGAUGCUGACCUGGCUUUGCUCAGCCUGAAGAAGACAGUAAACAAAGCAAAGCUCUUCCCUGAGCAGAGGACAGUCUCUCCUGCCAAAAAACAUGCAGAGCCUAAACCUGUCGCAGAUACUAAAAGCAUUGUAAUGGGACAGCUCAGUCAUCUGCUUAACCAAGACAGCCACAAUGAGAAUAAACAGUCAGAUGAUGGCCAGGAUGCUGAUCCUGAACAAGUCAAAAAAGAGUCUGAGAAUGGAGUGGAGGUUAUGGAAGAGAAAACUUCAGUCCCAGAAACUCCUACAUCCACACCUGAAAGAAAGAAAACCUCGGACCUAGCCUAUGAAGCGUUCAGGAGCUUCUUUGGCCCCAAAACUGUCAAAAAGGAAAAAUCAGAAGAAGUGGAUCUGGAGGCAGUGAAAAGAAAAAUCAAGAAUGACAAGGAAAGUCUGAGGUCCAUUUUUGAGAGAGCCUCCAAAUUCCCUGGGAAGGAAGUCAAAAGUCCCACAGAGGCUAAUACGGAGGUCAUAUCACCGACAGACAGUGAGGACCGGACACCAGGGCGGUUACAGGCCGUGUGGCCCCCACCCAAACCUAAAGAUGAGGAGGAGAAGGUGGGGCUCAAGUACACUGAAGCAGAGCACCAGGCUGCCCUCUUGCAGCUGAAGAGAGAGUGCAAAGAAGAGUUGGAGACGAUGCAUUCUGACUUUGAGCUUAAGAUCUUCCAGCUGCGAGGUGAGCAUGCCGUCUCAAUAUCCCACCUGGAGGGAGUCAUUGCUAAGAUGCAAAGGGACAGGUCGUACAAUGCAGGUCAGGAGCGCGGUGAGGUCUGCGAUGCCGCCGUCUCCACUGCAGAUGACCUGACACCCAAGACCUGCCGCACCGUGGGUAUCCAGACGGACAGGGAGACUUUCAUCAAGAGCCCUGAGGGUGACGGCGGGGGCCUCGCUCAAAGCCCCAACCAGAACGUGCCGAAAAAACUCAACUUAGACUCUAUCGCUCUGAAUCUAAAAGGCGAAAUGGCCCCAGGUCCCUCCGGACCAGCCCCACCACCCCCACCUCCUCCUCCUCCCCCACCACCAGGCCUUUCAGGAGUACCACCACCUCCUCCUCCUUUACCAGGCAACGCAGGAGCGCCACCACCACCACCACCCCCUCCGCCACCUCCUUUCCCCGGAGGUGGCCCACCACCCCCACCUCCUCCUCCUCCCGCUCCUGGCCUACCUGGAGCUGGUCCACCUCCUCCUCCUCCCCCUCCUCCAGGGUCUGGCCCUCCACCGCCUCCACCUAUGGGGGGGUUCAGUUUUGGCCAGAAAGUGGCCCCAAGGAAGCCUGCCAUCGAGCCAGCCUGUCCCAUGAAGCCUCUGUACUGGACCAGGAUACAGAUACAGGACAAUAACAACAACACACUGUGGGGGUCUCUGGAGGAACCAAACAUCGUCAACACCAAUGAGUUUGAGGAUCUUUUCUCUAAGGCCACGCUGCAGCCGAAGAAGAAGCCCCUGUCCGACACCUAUGAGAAGAAAGCCAAAACUAAGAAGAUUAUCAAGCUGCUGGAUGGGAAGCGUUCGCAAGCCGUUGGCAUCCUCAUAUCGAGCCUGCACCUGGAGAUGAAGGACAUUCAGCAAGCUGUUCUUACUGUGGACAACUCUGUGGUGGAUUUGGAGACCAUUGAAGCUUUAUAUGAAAAUAGAGCCACCAGUGAUGAGUUGGACAAGAUAAUGAGACAUUACGAGAACUCUAAAGAAGAUGAAGUCAAACUGUUGGACAAACCCGAACAGUUUCUCUAUGAGCUCUCCCAGAUUCCUGACUUCGCCGGCCGGGCCCACUGCAUCAUCUUCCAGUCAGUGUUCCUCGAUACCAUCUCCUCCAUCCGUCGCAAGGUGGAGAUUAUCUCCAAUGUCUGCAAAGAGCUGCUAGAGUGCAACAGUUUGCGGGAUGUAAUGGGUCUUGUUCUGGCCUUUGGGAACUAUAUGAAUGGAGGCAACAGGACAAGAGGUCAGGCCGAUGGCUUUGGACUAGAGAUCCUCCCCAAACUAAAGGAUGUCAAGAGCAGGGACAAUCGUAUGAAUCUGGUGGAUUAUGUGGUUUUAUACUACCUACGUAACUUUGACAAGCAUGCUGGCACAGAAAAGAGUGUGUUUCCUCUGCCGGAGCCUCCGGAUUUCUUCCAGGCUGCUCAGGUUAAGUUUGAAGACCUCACCAAGGACACCAGGAAACUGAAGAGAGAUCUAACUGCCUGUGAGAAGGAAGUACAGAAGGUGUGUGCUAACUCGUCAGAGGAACACCUCCAACCCUUCCAGGAGAAGAUGGAGAGAUUUAUCUCUGCAGCUCAAAAGGAGCAUUCAGCUGAAGAGGACCGACUCAACUCAGCACAGAAAAGUUUCCAGGACAUGGUGAGCUACUUUGGUAUUAAGCCAAAACCUGGGGAGAAAGAAGUGUCCCUGAGCUACGUCUUUAUGCUGUGGUACGAGUUUUGCAAUGACUUCAAGAACACAUGGAUACGACAAAGCAAGAACAUCUCCAAGGAGAGACUGAAGGAAGCUCAAGAAAACAUCAAGAAGAUCACAGCAGAGAAGAGAGUCGAAACCAAGAAGAUCAAUGCCAACAGUCUGAAAGAAAGGCUGCGGCAAAAGGAAGCCAGCGUGUCCUCCAGCUGAAAUGACGAGUGACAAAGCAGGAGAAGAAGAGCGGAGUGGUGGCGGUAAGAAAGUUUGGGCAAGAACUCGGAUGAGAAAGUGUACAGUCCUCAUCCCUCCUGCGUUUACCACCUGCCUCAACAACACUAGACUGCCCUCUGUGCUCCGUACGAACUCACAAUAAAACCUCACUGGACUCUUACUACUGUCGUGUAUCUGCUCUACUAACAGCACUGGACACCCCCACCCAUCCCCACCCACCCUCAUGUUGAGCCUUUUUUUGGGUAAAGCUCCUGCACCGAGGAUGCAUGGCUGCCACAGCCGAAGUGAUGAGAGUCUUAAAGGCUAAAGGUUGACCUCAUUCAUCCAGCGUGGCGCGACCCCUGAGUGCCCAGCUUGUGAGAGGUCGCAGUGGGUCAGUGGGAUUCACAACAGUACCAGCUGACACAUCCACAAGAUUCCUUCCGGAUCCACAAGAGCUAAGAAUCCAUUCUUUUCAGAAGUGUAGUUGUUGCCUGAGACAGCGAAUGUACUGAAAAUGUUCCAACAUAUUCAGAGUGUUAAGACGUCGUUGCUGCUCCCAGCGAUUUCUGCUCAGACGAAAAUCCUCCGUUAACAAAACAGAUCUUUCUCUCGAAGCAGCUUCCAGUGUCCUCCCGCUGUAGCGAAUCGCGGUUCAUUCACCAUGGCUCAUUAAAAGUCUUGUAAAUAUGUCAUGUUGUAGAAUCGGCAGGGACGGCGCAGCUUUGAGGAGUAUGAUAAAUGAUCUGCUCUGGGCUUCAAGUGCAGAUGAAGACAUGUUGUGUAUAAACGUGUGCGUGCAAAAUCAGUGUGUGGAGGUUUCACUGUGUUGUGUGUUUCCACUGCACCAGACUGACCUCUCCUUGGUGACGGCCAGAGAAGGGCAGAACCUGGCAGUAAGUCUGGCCCUGAGCCUUGGACCCCCUCACACACACACACACUCACUUAAAAACAUUAGGAGAACACAGUAGGUUUUGGCCCAAGCACCCACUCACCCGAGAAUUGAAAUGUACUUAAUGCAAAGUUAAUCCUUGGUUGAGUGCUGUGCGUCACGUUGUGUCCGACACAGGUUUAAGCACUUUCCUGCUUUCAGUAGCUGUAUGUUGUAGCUCGCUGUCAGCCACACUCCUGUGUUAUGCGAACUGCGUGCAUUAUUUUCAUAUGUCUUGCACUGUUUUGCACCUCUUUUCCUAUGCAAGGGUAUGGUUUCCUUGUUAAAUGUUUCAUGAAUUGCAUUGCUUCAUGAUGAUCCCAUUAUUAUUAUUAUUAUUUUCCAAGAAAGUGUAUGUUUUCACAAAUAUUAGGCAUAACCACACUUCUGCAUCAUUCAAGAAAAGUAUAUUUAUGUAUGGAAAGAUUAAUUUUAUGCCAAAAAAAAAAAAUCUGCGUUGUUCCCUUUGAGGCUGUAUUUUUUUUAGUUGUAAUUGAAUUGACUAAGAAGCUGCCUGAUACGUGAGUCAAAUGAAAGAUAUAUUUUCACAUGGAUGUUACUUGUAUGUUGUGGCCAUGUAUGUGGGGGAGAUGAGGGUUGUAUUUUGGGUAUCGAGAACAUUUAAGCAUAUCACCUGAAAAAGCCAUGCCAGUUGCUAUACCUCAGACAGACUUCCAUUAUCAGAGAACCCAUCAAACUGCACCUUUAAUUACGUCUUUUUACCCUCUAAAUUCUUUCAUGUGUGCCAUUUAUUUUGUAUAAAAAACAGAGAUAUUUCAUAACUUUAAA